CGUGUUCCGACCCGCCAGGCCCCGCGCGGCUCGGAUCUGGCGGCGCUGCUAGGGCCGGGAGUGGGUUGGGGAGAAGCCGGGGCAGGGGAGGAGCCGCCGGAGCUGUCGGAGCCGUGACACCCAGGGCAGCCUCACUCAGAAGCCACAAGGAAAGCUAGUGGAGUCCCUCAUCCCUCCAACUUCUCUUCCAAGCUGCCCCAUGGCCCUUGAUCCAGAAAGCCACUUCAGAAAGGUUGUGGGACAGCCAUGGGAGGCUUGUUGCUGGGAAAUGUAUGACAGCGGAACAGUUAGGGGGGUCUGCACCACGCAGCUUGCAGGAUCCCAGUUCCCCGACCAGGGAUUGAACCAAGGCCACAGUAGUGAAAGCGCCGAAUCCUAACCACUGGACCACCAGGGAACUCCCUUAACACUUUACUUUUGAUGUAACAGUAAACAGACCAAGAUUUUCCCUGUGCAUUAAAAAAAAUUUUGUUUUGAAUUAUGAUGAAAUAAAGGACUGUUUGAUUAUCAUGUAAAUCUUCUUCCCAAAAGGAUUUAAAGCGAUUUGAAGGAAAGAACAGAAUAUAUAGAGCAUCUACCAUAUACCAAACUCUGUGCUGAGCAAUUCUAUGCAUUACUUCAUUGAUCCUUAAGACCACCAUAUGAGAGCAAUGAGAGGAGCAGUUGCAAGCGUCUGGUUAGUCCCAGCGAUCAUUGAUUCAAAUCUCCAGGCUCUGGGCCCGCUUUAGAGUCAAAGAGGAGAAGGGAGACUGGAAAGAAUUUAAAUGUCUGCUGAAUAUCAUCAUUCGAACCUCUCUGAUCACUGUUUUCUUCUGAAGAUUAAUUAUUUGCCACACUGCCCGCCUUCUCUUCCUUCCCAUCUCUUGCCCCAACAAGGACGACUCUGCCGCCCCUCAUUCCGCUGUUGCUGACCUUUUGUCGCCAUCUCAUCUUCCGAGGCUGCCAAAGUAAAUACAAAACAAGCGAAGGAAAUCUCAAUCCGUGAUUUCUGAAGAGCAUUUUAAAGCAGCAGUUUCUAUGUGAUGCUGUCCCUUGGGAGAAACUCCUCAAGGUGCCCAGGCUGAGACGGGGGGAACGACAGUGUGAGCUCUCGAUGGUGUGAGACCACCCCAGAGCCAGACAAUGGCUACAGCCUUGGAACCGGAGGACCAGGAUCUUUGGGAAGAAGAGGGGAUUCUCAUGGUGAAAUUGGAAGAUGAUUUCACUUGUAGGCCAGAGUCUGUCUUACAGAGGGAUGACCCUGUGCUUGAGACGUCGCACCAGAACUUCCGGCGCUUUCGCUACCAGGAAGCAGCAAGCCCUCGGGAAGCUCUCAUCCGACUCCGAGAACUGUGUCAUCAGUGGCUGAGGCCAGAGAGGAGGACAAAGGAGCAGAUCCUAGAGCUGCUUGUGCUGGAACAAUUCCUUACUGUCCUGCCCGGAGAGCUGCAGAGCUGGGUGCGGGGCCAGCGGCCAGAGAGUGGCGAGGAGGCCGUGACGCUGGUGGAGGGUUUGCAGAAACAACCCAGGAGACCAAGGCGGUGGGUGACUGUCCAUGUUCACGGCCAGGAAGUCCUGUCCGAGGAGACAGUGCAUCCAGGAGCAGAGCCCGAGUCACCUAGUGAGCUUCAGGAUCCUGCACACACCUUGACCCCCGAGGAGUCCCAUGAGGAGACCACACAGAGCCCAGAUCUGGGGGCACCAGAAGAGCAGAGCCUGUGCCAGGAGUUGGAGUUCCAGCCCCUGCAGGAGAGCGAGGUUCCAGUGCCCCAGGACCCAGCCCUUCCUGAAGAGAGGAACCCUGGAAACCCAGAGAUGGUUGCCCUUCUUACUGCUCUAUCACAGGGAUUGGUAACUUUCAAGGAUGUGGCUGUAUGCUUCUCCCAGGACCAGUGGAGUGAUCUGGAUCCAACACAGAAAGAGUUCUAUGGGGAAUAUGUCUUGGAAGAAGACUGCGGAAUUGUGGUCUCCUUGUCGUUUCCAAUCCCCAGACUAGACGAGAUCUCCCACAUGGGAGAAGAAGAGCCUUUGAUCCCAGAGAUCCCAGAGGCACAGGAGCCUCAAGAGCCAGAAAUCCUGAGUUUCACCUACACAGGAGAUAGGAGUGAAGAUGAGGAGUGUCCUGAGCAAGCAGAUCUGAGUUUGGAGGAGCUACACAGGUCUAUCUUGGGAGAUGCAGAAAUUCACCAGACUCCAGACUGGGAAAUAGUCUUUGAGGGUGAUCCAGGCAGACUUAACGAAAGAAGAUUUGGCACAAAUAUUUCUCAAGUUCAUAGUUUAACGAAUCUUCAGGAAACCAUGCCUGUACACCCCCUGUUAGGGAGACAUCAUGACUGUACUGUAUGUGGUAAAAGUUUCACUUGUAACUCCCACCUUGUUAGACACCUGAGAACUCACACAGGAGAGAAACCCUAUAAAUGUAUGGAGUGUGGGAAAAGUUACACACGGAGCUCACAUCUCGCCAGGCACCAAAAGGUCCACAAAAUGAGCGCUCCUUAUAAAUAUCCCCUAAACCGGAAGAAUCUGCAUGAGACCUCCCCUCUGGUCCAGGUUGAGAGAACUCCACCUGUUGAGAAACCCUAUAGGUGUGACGAUUGUGGAAAACACUUUCGCUGGACUUCAGACCUUGUCAGGCACCAGAGGACACAUACGGGAGAGAAACCCUUCUUCUGUACUAUUUGUGGCAAAAGCUUCAGCCAGAAAUCCGUGCUCACAACACACCAAAGAAUCCACCUUGGAGGCAAACCCUACUUGUGCGGAGAGUGUGGAGAGGACUUCAGUGACCACAGGCGGUACCUGGCCCACCGGAAGACGCACGCGGCCGAGGAGCUCUAUCUGUGCAGCGAGUGUGGGCGCUGCUUCAACCACAGCGCCGCCUUUGCCAAGCACCUGAGGGGACAUGCCUCAGUGAGGCCCUGCCGCUGCACCGAGUGUGGAAAGAGCUUCGGUCGGAGAGACCACCUCGUGAGGCAUCAGAGAACACACACUGGUGAGAAGCCGUUCACGUGCCCGACCUGCGGGAAGAGCUUCAGCAGAGGCUACCACUUAAUCAGGCACCAGAGGACCCACUCAGGAAAGACCUCCUAGCCCGGUCCCCACGUGCGGACACCUGCCUUCGACUCUUUCCCAGGGGUGAUCUGGGAGAAGCCAUCUUGUCGGCCUGGGAAGACCUUUUCUAGGGAGUCUCCCUCACCUGCCCAGGUGUGCGUUAGUAACCUCUUCCCACAACUAGA